GAUUUCCUGUUUCAUGAAGAGUGCACAUACAUACUCUGAGUCAUUUAGGGCAAGUCCUGCCUGGUGUGUUUACUCUGCUUUUUUCUUCCCGGAGCUGUGGAGGCGUUCCUUUUUUAAAAAAGAGGGGAACAAGAAAGAGAGAAAGAGAGAAAGAGAGAGCAACUGUCGGACCGAAGAAAGUCCACGACGUGUGGAUAUUAAACCCGUUAUCAAGGCUUCGGUUAAUUAAUGAGAAAGAGGGAAGUGUAUAUAGUCCGUGUCUUUAUGGAGCUACUUCGGUUUUCCGCUUUUUGGUGUGGAACGAUACUGUUUGGUAGUAUCCUGCUUCAGCAGACUGAGGCCUUUAUCAUAAAGAUGAAGCGGCUGUGCAAGUUCUGUGACGUGCGGGCGACCACCUGCACGGGUAAAGGCAUCUGUAAGGUGGAGUGCAACAUCACGUCCAUCUGCCCCCACGAUGACGACGUCUGCGUCAGUAUUUGGAGGAGGAAAGUUGACAACAUCACCUUUGACACCGUCUGCCACAACCCGGCUCAGAAGCUGUACGGCCUGGUCUUGGAGGAUUACAACAACAGCAAGUGUGAGAUGAAAGAAAGAAAGGGCAUGGGCUCAGAGUUCUUCAUCUGCUCUUGCUCCGAGGACGAGUGCAAUGAACGCAUCUUUUUUAACUCAAACAAGGAUUCCCCUGUGGUUGAAGUCAUCUUAGUGAGCCUGGUGCCUCUGCUGGUCAUGGCUGUUGUCGUCAUCACUUCCUUCUACUGCUAUCGCGUUUACCGCCAGCGACAAGCCAGCUCCAGGCGCAAGAAGGGCCCGCCGCUGGACUUCAGCGACGCCCGCGCCAUCAUGAUCGACGACGAGCGUUCGGACAGCAGCUCCACGCUCGCAAACAACCUCAACCACAACACCGAGCUGCUGCCCAUCGAGCUGGACGUCCAGGUCGGAAAGGGCCGCUUUGCAGAAGUCUACAAGGCCAAGCUGAAGCAGGGCUCCGCGGUCAGCGAGGAGCAGGGCUUCGAGACCGUGGCCGUCAAGAUCUUCCAGUACGAGGAGUACGCGUCGUGGAAAAACGAGAAGGACAUCUUCUCAGACGCGGACCUGAGGCAUGAGAACGUGCUCCACUUCCUGACCGCCGAGGAGCGGAAGGUGCAGAGACAGUACUGGCUGAUCACAGCCUACCACCCGAGAGGGAAUCUCCAAGAAUACCUGAGUCAUCAUAUCAUCAGCUGGCAGGACCUGCGCGUGCUCGGGAGCUCGCUGGCGUGCGGCGUGGCUCACCUUCACAGCGACCACACGUCCUGCGGUCGAUACAAGGUCGCCAUCGCACACAGGGACAUUAAGAGCUCCAACAUACUUGUGAAGAGCGACCUCACCUGCUGCCUGUGUGACUUUGGCCUCGCACUGCGGCUGGACAGCAAUCUGUCUGUGGACGAGCUGGCCAACAGCGGGCAGGUGGGAACAGCCAGGUACAUGGCUCCAGAGGUGCUGGAGUCAAGAAUCAACCUAGAAAACAUCGAGUCUUUCAAACAGGCCGACGUUUACUCCAUGGCUCUCGUACUGUGGGAGAUCAUCUCCAGGUGCAGCGCGAUCGGAGAGGUGAAAGAGUACGAGCCUCCCUUCGGGAACCUGAGGGAACACCCGUGUGUGGAGAGCAUGAAGGACAGCGUUCUCCGGGACAGAGGGAGACCUGAGAUCCCCAACAGCUGGAUCAACCACACGGGCAUCCAGAUGGUGUGCGCCUCCAUAGAGGACUGCUGGGACCACGACCCGGAGGCCCGUCUCACAGCCCAGUGUGUCGCCGAGCGCUUCGACGACAUGGAGUAUCUGGACAAGCUGUCGGACCGCUCGGACUCGGAGGAGAAGAUCCCUGAAGAAAUCUUUGUUGUGGACGAGAAGUAGAGCCUUACAGACACACUGCCGCCCCCACCAGGGCGGGUGAGGAAUCACAGCUUCCACUGGAGGCUUUUUGUGAUUCAUUCCAGAUACUGGAUCAGAUCAGAUGGAGGAGCUUUCCUGGAAAAGUGAACUGACGCCAGAGAGAGAGAGAGGAUCGCUGCAGUAUCAACAUCAGGACCAACAUGCAUAUGAAAACCAAUGAAAGACCUUUUUUUACACUUCUUUUUUUGUUUUAUGCUUUAAAGACUGGAUCAAAGCCACAAACAGACAGGGAAUUCACAUUAUUAAGCUUUUAUAACCAAAUACUAUUUGCACUUUAUCAAUUUCUAUGCACACCAAAUGUGCGUGUGUGUAUUCAAUGUCGAUAUUCUCGUUUUGGCAAUACAUUUCAGGUAUAGGACUUUAAAGGGACAGCAUGGACACACAGGUUUUCAGCCUUCAGAGGCAAAAUAUGGGUGUUUUUCCACCAGUUUGUCAGAACUGAAGAAGCCGCCGACAGCUUACUACAGAAGACUGAGGAGCUUCACAGACAAGGAAAUGGAAAAUAUUAAGACGUCUAAUAACACUAGUGAUAAAUGUGACAUAAACAGUAUUGGACUGUCCACUUACAUGUGUCUCUGUAAGUGGUGCAGCGCUGGAUGGACGGCCAUAAAAAUCUCUUUAUAGGAAUCGACAAUCUGUUCACCUUUUACCAAAGGAAUACAAGGUGAAGUGUCUGUGUGUGUGUGUGUGUGAACGUGCAAUUUUCCUGUUAGAUUUAAGGACUAGAAUCAGAGAAUAACGGAGCGCGACACAGUAUCUUUGAAGACCUCGAACAGCUGAACUUGUUUAUAAGCAUUUUAUUACAGAAAAGGGAACAAUGAUCUUGUUUUCAUAUAAGAAAGUUUUGUAUAGAAGUGUAAAAAUCAUAAUUAAAUAAUAUCUUGUACGUA